GAUGCGAUCACAGGAAAGGCCCUGAGCCCUGGGAGCUGGGGGAAACAGGAGGGUUGUAUUCAUUAACCCACCCCUGGGAAUAAAUGCCUAGAGAUGUGAGCGUUGCCAGAAACCAGCUGGGAAGCAAAUGCACCUGGUCUCAGCUCUGUCCCUGCUAAGCUGGGAAACAGACACCAGGCUCAGACUGUGAGUCCUCCCAGCGAUCGUGCUCUGCCUAGAGAGACAUUUCUCACUGAGCCCAAGAAAUCCCUCCAUGUUCCUGGUGCCUCUGCUCCCAGUGAGCCCCCAGGCAUGGGGGCAUCCAGUGAUUGCCCUUUCAGGCUGCUGCUGCUGAUCUGUCUGGAGUCUCUCUCCUCCCUCCUGGGUUGGAACCAGAAAGGGGCUUGCCAUCCUGCUCGUGGGAUUAGCGGGAUGGGGUACCCUGACGGCCCAGGGUUUUGUGUAGCUUGUCAGGCCAACAGCAUCUCCCUGAUCGCAAAGCUAGUACUGACUGGCCUGUGCAUUUUCUUCCCAUGGGGGGGUAGGUGAAGGAUGAAGUGGAGCAGACGGGAGUCUUUAACUACGUGAUGGCAGGGGACAGGUCUGUGCUACUUAAGCGGGAGUUCUUUACGGAGGCGGAGGAGCACAGUGUGCUGGGGCACCCGUCCAUCCCCAUCACCUGCCCCGUCCGGCUGCUCCAUGGCAUGCAGGACCAGCUCAUACCCUGGGGCAGGUCCGUGCAGGUGGCUGAGCAGCUGGAGAGCCAGGAUGUCCACAUCACGCUGUUCAAGGAUGGGCAGCAUGGCCUGAAGGGAGCGGAGGAGGUGAAGGUGCUUGUGGGGAUGGUCAGGGACCUUGCUGAGAGCCUGCAGAGAGCGCCAGGCCUUGGAGAGAGACUGGAAGCGGCAGUGGGGACAGAGCCCGCUGAUGGGGCAGCGGUGACCAGACAAGGAGACCUUUUUGGGCCCUGCUGA